GUUUAUUCUAAUUGCCAUCAAAACACUUGCUCUAGCAGCCUAAUCCCCUCUGAAGACUAUUUAUUGAGGCGGACAAAGGAAAGCUAUUUACUCAGCCGGCCUCAAUGUCCAAACCCACAAGAACCAACACAGUCUCGUAUGGAGCACAUUGCUCCCACUUAGAUGGAACUACAGCAGCCUCGUCAUCCACUAAUCAUCCAUCGUCCAUGUCGGGUGAAACGGACCUUGGCCGGUCAAACAGCAUGAGCACUGGUAGACGGUCAAACAGAGCCAGCAGUGUUAGUCAUCGUCAACAUCAAGGUGCUCCACUGCUCUCGCCCACUGCAUCAAACACCAUUCAACCAUUGAGUCCUGGUAUUCCUGAACUAUAUCUUCAGCAGUUACAAGCUCAUCAUAAACAAACACAACAACCUCAAGCCUCGAUAGGCCGGCUUGCUAGCAUAUUCUCUCAUGCUGGAAGGUCCAGCAACAGCCAUAAAAGUCGUCGCUCUAUAUCCGUUCCUUUAAAUUUGCAUAUUUCAGAAACGCUUGCAACUCUUGAAGAGUCUUCCAAUCCGAUCAAUCCAAACCAACACCAUCUUCAUCCACAGCAAAAUUCUCAAUUACAUAAAUCCCCCAUUCCAGCCUCUGAUCAGUUACUGCUACAUCAUCAUUCAAUCAGUGGUCACCGUCGUCACGAAUCUGCAGAAAUGUCGACUUUAAAAUCACCACAAUUGAUCAGACCGCCUGUCAAUGUUGCUGGACCUUUUACUGCUUUUGCUGUUGCGGAAUCUGCUCCCUCUGUACUUGUUGCUUCAAUGCUUGCAUCGGAUGCGUCCACUCUGCCCAAAGCUAACAAACUUAGUUCCUGUCUAACCGAUCAAGAGGAUUUGAAUGCUUCAAUACCUUGCACAAGACCUCAAAACGAUCCCGUUGAACUGCCAGAUGUCGAAAAACCACUACCAACUUUUCUAGACAAUCCCAAGUUUGAUUUGACUGCGUUUAUGGAACAGGACGUUCCUAUCUUGGGGCCUGAGCCUAUACCCAAACUUUUUAUAAAUGCUUCUAUUCGCAGUCCGAUAUUCACUGCUCAAACGGAUUUGCAUAUGAUUCCACAUUUGAUAGAUGCAGUUGUGGGAAGCUUACCACCGGAUGCAUGGGAUUGGGCGUCACUUGAAGUUGACCAUUCUAAUAGAGAUGACGCCUUUUGUACCGAUGCAUUGUCAGUUGUCGAGCAAGCCAAACCAGCUCCUACAUUAGAGAGUGUGCUGACCAAAGAUAAACGAGGUCAUGUUGUAUUAAAUUUGUGGGAAACAGAACAAAACUAUACUAAUCAACUGGGCAUUAUUCAAAAAUGCUUCCAAGAGCGACUUUCAAAACGAAAUAUUAUCAGUGACACAGCCAACAAUUUCAUUUUUGCAGGCACAGCAGAUUUAUACACAUUACAUCAAAAGUUUUUUUAUCGAUUGUGUGAUGUUGUCAAUGUAGACAACUGGUCAACAACCGAGUCCAAAAUUGGUGCUUUGUUCCUAGAUAUGAAGGAUGAGUUUGUGAGACUAUACACACGAUUUAUCGACAACUAUGCCAUAUCUCAAAAAUCUAUGAAGAAAGAAGAAAAAUCAAAUGAAGAUUAUCAGAAUUUCAUGAAGGAAGCUGCCAAGUUGCGCGAAACUAAUCGUCAGACACUAAAGGACUAUCUGAUCUUACCUGUACAGCGAACAACCCGAUAUCAUAUUCUGUUGAAAGAUCUUUGCAAGUGCACACCCUUUGAGCAUCCAGAUCGAAAGGAUUUGGAAAAGGCAUGGGAGGCCAUGAACAAUUUAGCUGCAAUGGUGAAUGAAAAGAAAAGAAGGGAAGAGGAAGCAACGGGUCUGUUUGACGCAUUUGAAUCCACUAAGCACUGUCCACCGCAACUUAUUUCUCACAAACGACGGUUGAUUAUGCGUGUCGAGGCCAGCGAACGUACCAGUAAACGAGAUGUACAGUUAGUGUUAUGUUCCGACUCGUUAAUGAUCACUGUGCCUGCUCGCGGUGGUGUGCUUGGAUUUAGAUCUGCCAAUGAACAUCCAUAUCGGUUUGUUCGGUGGCAUCAUAUUUUGGAAUUAGACAUUAGUGAUUCCUCUUUGGAUGAUUCAGCGCCGACGGUAACCAAGGAUUCGAUUCGAAUCACGAUAGAUAUCAACAAACGUCCGCCAAAUCCUGACCCGCAGGUUGUUUCAACGCACACAUCAGAAAUAACGCCCAAGGAACUAAGCAUCAAUGUACUUUCACUCAUGUUUGUUGGUCCUGAUGCAGCAAAAAAUCAAUUGAGCUUUCGUCUAGCAAUCCAUGGUGAAAUGAAGGCAUUUCGGGAAGCUCAGGCCAUGUCUGUAGCGGUAGUUGGAAGAUCUGCUACAACAACACAGCAGGUUAAUCCAACAGUAACGCAUGCUCAUGUUCAUUCUCCACGUGCAGCCUCGGCGAAUGCUUCAUCCACUGCAUCUUCAUCGUCUCAUAGGUUUCGAUCGUAGCAACCUGCCUUCACCCUCCUUCAACCGCAUUGGGUAGAAUGAAAUAUUGUUAUUUGGUACAUAU